AUGAAGGCGGCAAGGCAAUUGGGUAAUCUAUUUUGGAGAAGUGGAGACAAGUACUCUUCAAUCUCAAAUGCAUUAUCUUCUCCAGCUAACAGGAAAGAUCUGCAGAAAAUCCACUCUCUCCUGAUCACUCUUGGUCUGCAGAACUCUGCAACCUUCUUAGGUAUAUUGAUCACCAAAUACUCCCAAUUCAAAGAUACUCAUUCCGCUUUAUUAGUUUUUGGUGGGAUUUCUCCUCAAAACGAUGUUUAUGUGUGGAAUACGAUCAUUAGAGCGAUGACCCACAACAGAUGCUACACAAAAGCAUUAGAAUUUUACGCGGAAAUGAGAGAAUUGGGGGUGAAGCCUGAUAAUUACACAUUCCCUUCUGUGAUCAAUGCUUGUGGGAGUUUGGUGGAUUUUGAGAAAGGGAGGGUUGUUCAUGAGCAUGUUGUGGAGUUGGGUUUUCAAUUUGAUCUGUAUAUAAGUAAUGCCCUAAUAGAUAUGUAUGCAAGAUGCAACGAAUUGGGGUGUGCUCAACUAGUGUUUGAUGGAAUGCCCCAACGAGAUAUUGUAUCUUGGAACAGUUUGAUUUCUGGAUAUACUUCUAAUGGCUACUACAAGGAAGCAUUGGAUGUUUAUAAUCAACUGAGAAUGGUUGGCUUGUUGCCUGAUUCCUUUUCAUUAUCGAACGCCUUACUGUCCUGUGGCGGAUUAGGGGAGGUUGUAGAGGGUGAAGUAGUUCACUGCCUGGUUGAGAAGCUUGGAACACGUAGAGAUGUAAAUGUCAGCAAUGCGUUGCUGGCAAUGUAUUUUAAGUGUGAUGUCCUGGCUAACUGCACGAGGAUUUUCAGUGAGAUGGUUCAUCGAGAUAGUGUCACAUGGAAUACCAUUAUUAGUUCAUAUUUCGAAUCAGGUUUGUAUCAUGAGUCCAUGAGGUUAUUCUUGGAGAUGGUGAGACAUUCUAAACCAGAUAUUUUGACAAUCACAUCCGUUUUUCGUGCUUGUACUUGUGUUGGGGACUUGGAUAUGGGAAGGUAUGUCCAUGAUUACAUGCUUAACAAUGGAUAUGAGUGCAAUAUAGUGGCCACUAAUAUUGUUAUCAACAUGUAUGCAAAGUGUGGUGAUGUGGUCCAAGCAAGGCAAGUGUUUGAAAACGCCAAAAACCGGGAUUUGGUGUCAUGGAACUCACUUCUUGAUGGAUAUGUUGAAAAUCAGUCGUAUCAGGAAGCAAUAGAGCUUUUCAGGAGGAUGAGAACAAAUUUUCAACCUGAUUUUGUCACAUAUGUGACACUAUUUUCUAUGUCUUCUGGACUAACAAACCUAAAUUUCACUGAGGAACUCCACUGCGAUAUAAUAAAACGAGGGUUUGGUUCCACUCAAAUUGUGGGUAACGCUCUUGUGGAUGCGUAUGCCAAAUGUGGAAAAGUAGAGGAUUCUUUCAAACAGUUUGAGAGUAUGAAAUUUCGAGAUACAAUUACAUGGAACUCAAUAAUUGCAUCAUGCAGUCACUCUGAUAGCCAUAUUCUUGGUCUUAGAAUGCUUAACAAGAUGAGAUUAGAGGGGAUAAUACCAGAUAUACCUACUUUUCUAAGUUCAUUGCCUUUGUGUUCUUAUCUCAUGGCCAAGCGACAAGGGAAGGAGAUGCAUUGCUGCAUUUUCAAAUUUGGUUUUGAUUCCAAUAUUCCUAUUGGAAAUGCUUUGAUUGAAAUGUACUCGAACACUGGGAGCUUAAGAAAUUCAAUACUGGUGUUUGAGAAAAUGAAAGAGAAGGAUUUAGUUUCAUGGACGGCAAUUAUUUCAUCAUAUGGGAUGUAUGGCGAAGGAAGAAAAGCUCUUGAAACUUUUGAGCACAUGAAGGCAGCUGGUAUUCUUCCAGAUCAUAUUGUCUUCAUUGCUGUUCUGUACGCAUGCAGCCAUUCUGGUUUGGUGCAAGAAGGUCGUAUUUGCUUUGAGCAAAUGAAGACAGAACACAAUAUUGUGCCUAGGAUGGAACACUAUGCCUGCAUAGUUGAUCUUCUAUCAAGGUCUGGCCUCUUGGCUGAAGCCGAGGAGUUCAUUUCUUUAAUGCCAUUGAAGCCUGAUGCAAGUAUAUGGGGAUUACUACUCAGUGCCUGCCGAGCCAAUGGAGACAUGAAGAUUGCAGAACGUGUUGCAGAACGCGUUCUUCAACUAGAUACUUGUGAUCCAGGAUAUCAUGUUUUGGCCUCAAAUGUAUAUGCUGCCUCGGGAAGGUGGGAUCAAGUGGGAGUGAUAAGGAAAUCCUUCAAAGCUAAUGGACUCAAAAAAGACCCAGGUUGCAGUUGGCUGGAGAUUUCCACACUGUCGCAAAAUACAUAUCAAAAAUCAUGAUUUGGAGAUACUAGUCAGAGAUGCAAGCCACUUUCAUCAAUAAAAAGACAACCUGUUGCUGUAGCCUGUAGGUAUUGUUGGUGAUUGCAUCCCACAUAUGAACCUUUUAUUGUAGGUAUCAUUGGGUUCGAAUGUCUCUCUCCUCUGGUUUCGUUGCAUAAAUUUAAUUCUGAGCUGAUUUACUAUAAGAUGGUUCAAAAAAAUUAGGAGGAAAAGGGAGUUUGGACAAGAUGCAUGUCAUAUGGUAUAAGAUAGUUUUGUCUUUCUCCAUUAAAUCUAUGCUCUUCAAAGUCGAAGAACUCUUGAUCUUGUUAUGGAGUACAUCUUACCUGAAUUACAUGUUGUUGAAUGUGCAGAAGAUCAUCAUCUGUAUGGUACUAGACCAUGGAAAGGCAGACAAAGUCAGUGCUUGGUUUUAAGUUACAUGUGCUUGACCUUAGAAAGAGUUGGUCUGGUUAUUAUGAACACCUACCUGAAGGUCAAUUAUCUCUUCCAGUAUGCUGAUCAAGUUGCCCAUCCACCCAAAUGCAAUAUCAGUAUAGCCAAUGGCCUCCCCUCCAAAAAAACUCUUACCUUUUAGCUGCUCUUCUAGGAAUUUCAGAUUCUCCAUCAUUGGACCAAUAGCUUCCUCUUGGUCUUUUCCCUCAGAGGUGAAGACCCUCCAUGUCAAUGGCAUAACCUACUUUUCAAAAAGUGUAGACUCUGAUGUGAAGGAAUUUGUGUAUACCUUGUCAUCUCCGAAAUUGGCCCAAAACCGAGCCAUGGCUUUCUCAUUAGGAUCUUGGGGAAGAAGAGGAGGCUGCUUCCACACAUCAUCGAUGUAUUCAAGAAUCACUAGGGACUCACAAACUGGCCUUCCAUUGUGCAGGAGAACGGGGACCUUCUUGUGCACAGGAUUGUACUCGAGGAGUGAAGCACUUUUUUUUGUCAUAUCCUCCAGUACCGUUUCGUACUCCAAGCCUUUAAUCUUCAAAGCAUGUACCACCCUCAAAGCAUAAGGACUUGACCAUGUCCUCAUCAGCUUCAGAUCUUCUGCCAUUUUCCCUUUGACAGUGCUUAUCAGUUCUAUUUAUAUGGACUCACUUUCCAUCAGCUUUUGUAUGUGUAUCAAAUUUAUACUGUUAAUGAUGUCCAUUAUUUGUUUGUA